UGUCAUCACAAAACAAGAAGAGCUGCUUUCCUUAUUCGCUGAGAGAGUAUUUACAACUUUUGACCAUGUAGGCAUCAUGUUACGUAAUUAUCGAUACACACUGGUUUUGCGCAGGCGUGAGAGAAGAGUGCAAUAAAAGGCAUUACAAUUAAAGGCUGGCGUACAGAGAUGUGACUUAGUAUAUCGCAGUGCUGGAGCUUAUUGUACGUCUGAGCAUUAGAGGACUGUAAAUAAAGACUGAGAGGAAGAAGACAAACCCACACCCUCACAGAAACCAUGUCAACACCGAGCUGUGCCAAGGGGCAACCGGGGCGGUUCAUCGGCGGAGUAGUGGAAGGUUUUUAUGGGCGGCCAUGGACUAUGGAGCAAAGAUCAGAGCUGUUUAAAAGAGAACAGAAGUGGGGUUUGAACACGUACUUGUACGCCCCCAAGGAUGACUACAAACACAGGAUGUACUGGAGGGAUCUGUACUCACCUGAGGAGGCUGAACAACUCAUUGCCCUGAUAUCUGCGGCCAAACAACACAACGUUGACUUCGUGUAUGCAAUUUCUCCUGGCCUCGACAUAACUUUUUCUAAUCCUAAGGAGGUGGCCGCCCUGAAGAGGAAGCUGGAUCAGGUGAAGGAGUUCGGCUGCAGAUCCUUCUCUCUGCUCUUUGAUGAUAUUGAGACUGAGAUGUGUCCAGCUGAUAAGCAGGCCUUCAGCUCCUUCGCUCACGCUCAGGUGGCCAUCACUAAUGCAGUGUACCAGCACCUGGGAGAACCUGAGACCUUCCUCUUCUGUCCUACAGAUUAUUGUGCCUCGUUCUGUACUCCCACUGUGUCCCAGUCCUCUUACCUGCACACUGUGGGCGAGGGGCUGCUGCCUGGGAUAGACAUACUGUGGACAGGUCCCAAAGUGGUGUCCCACAAAAUCUCUGUAGAGUCCAUAGAAGAGGUGACCUCUGUUCUGCGUAGACCACCAGUCAUCUGGGACAACAUCCACGCAAACGACUACGACCCCCAAAGGAUUUUCCUCGGACCCUUUAAGGAUCGUCCCACUGAGCUGAUUCCCAAACUGAGAGGAGUCCUCACAAACCCCAACUGUGAGUUCUACCCAAACUUUGUGGCCAUCCACACCCUGGCUACAUGGUGCAAAGCAAACAGUGAAGGAGGACAGAGGGAUGUGGAAAUGGGCGAUGAGGAGCAGGACCCCUGCUACAGCCCUCAGAGAGCCCUGACCCUGGCCCUCACUGAUUGGCUGCAGGAGUUUCUGAGCACAGAUCAACCUGGAGGUCCUUGUCUAAAGGCUCGUCUUAAGAAAGAAUCCUCUGACGACGAGCCCAUGCAGACAGAUGUGGCAGAGGGUUCCUAUGUUCCUGGACCCGGGGAGAACCCUGUGUACACAGCAGAACCCCUGACCCUGGAGGACCUGAAGCUUCUGUCAGACCUCUUUUACCUGCCGUAUGAAUACGGGCCCACAGCCAGGACCAUGCUGCAGGAGCUGGACUGGCUCAAGAACAACAGUGCAGCCGCUGCUGCAGAGACGGACAAGACAGUGGAGUGGUGCUCGAGAGCGAAGCAGUUUGAUGACAUGUGUGAGGCGGUGGUGCGGAUGUUCAAUCGUCUGUCCAACGCCCCGAAUCGCAGCAUCCUGUACGACCUCUACAACUACAUCUGUGACAUCAAGAGCGGGGUCGGGAUGGCCCGAGCCUACGUGAAAACACUAGGAGGGCAGGGUCAGCCCUCAGCCCAGCUCAUGAACAACGACCCUGAACCCUGGGGCUUCAGAGGAGGCCUCUCCGGAGAGUUCCAGAGAAUGUUGCCGUGCCACGGAAACAGGGACCUGUUCAGACAUCCUCCCAUGACGGCCGUUUACUGCAUGCGACCGUACUGCCCCACAGAUAAGGUGGAGGUGCAGAAGAUAUUCAGGGAAAUGCAGAGCGAGCCUCCACUGAUCUGUGACAGCCUGUCAGCAGGUGAGAUCUCCCCGUCCCCUCAGUGCGCUCUUGUCCUGGAGGACGAUAUCGGGAUGUGUGGUUACGCCCUGGCACUAACUAACGCCAAACCAGCAGCAGCCAAGAUUCAGAGGGCUGUAAGUGACUCAGUGUUGGAGGAUUUCCCCUCCCUGAUCACCAUCCAAGUGCUGCCCCGGGUCACUGAUUCCUCUCCAACCAAGCGUAUGAUUGAUCUGCUGUUAUCUUCCAUCAGGAGCAGCGGUUCCAGAGGAGCGUUCUGUGAGUUGAGGCAGAGUGAUCGGAGGAUGCUCAACGUUUACACUAAACUUGGCUCCUUCAAACCCAUAAAGAUGGAGGGUCUACCUCAGGACAUCAUUGCCGUGGGAACAAGCCUGUGAACAAGAUUAAUCAAGAACAUUUUCCUGAGGUGUGUUUUAAGAUACUGUGGUACACUUGUUGGUUCCAGCAGGUCAGACAGCAAUCCAUCCCGUUUUAAUUGGUUCAUGUCGUUAUUUGUGUAAUUUAGUCGUUAAUGUAAAACUACUGAUUUUAUAGUGAUAAAAUAUGAAAAUGUAUCAUGAUUAUGUUUUAGAUAACACUGUUGAACAACAAAAUAAAAAUGUAUGGUAAAUCUAA